GCGGGGCGGGCGGAGCUCCGGGGGAGGCGCUAAGGGGGUCUUGAAGACUUUGCUGCGCCCAGGCACCAGGACCGAGGAUUUCUUUCCAGCCACUGCGGAGGUGCCACUGUUCCAGCGGCGUUUUUUUUUUCAAAGGGCAUUUUGAAAACGGGGCAGUAGCCACAGAAUCAGCGACAAGCCUGUUGAAGGAACCCACAAGUGUAUUUCACGGCACCUUGGGUGGAAAUUGGAUGUGAAAAUGAAGCCAGACCGAGAUACUCUAGAUGAAUACUUUGAAUAUGAUGCAGAGGAGUUCUUGGUCUCUUUGGCCUUGUUAAUAACAGAAGGUCGAACACCUGAAUGUUCUGUAAAAGGUCGCACGGAAAGUUUCCAUUGCCCUCCAGCACAGUCAUGUUACCCAGUAACUAGCAAACAUGAGUGCAGUGACAAGCUGGCUCAGUGUCGUCAAGCCAGAAGAACUAGAUCUGAGGUCUCGUUGUUGUGGAAGAAUAACCUUCCAAUCAUGGUGGAAGUCAUGCUACUCCCAGACUGCUGCUACAGUGAUGAUGGGCCCACCACAGAAGGAAUUGAUCUCAAUGAUCCUGCAAUUAAGCAAGAUGCAUUAUUAUUAGAAAGAUGGAUUUUGGAGCCAGUUCCUCGACAGAGUGGAGAUCGAUUCAUUGAAGAGAAGACUCUUCUGUUGGCUGUCCGCUCAUUCGUGUUUUUUUCCCAAUUAAGUGCGUGGCUGAGUGUUUCUCAUGGUGCUAUUCCACGAAAUAUUCUUUACAGAAUCAGUGCUGCUGAUGUAGACCUGCAGUGGAAUUUUUCACAGACUCCGAUUGAACAUGUAUUUCCUGUUCCCAAUGUUUCUCACAAUGUGGCCUUGAAAGUCAGCGUUCAGUCCUUGCCCAGACAAUCUAAUUACCCAAUGUUGACCUGUAGUAUUCAUGCUAAUAUUGGCCUUUAUGAGAAAAGAAUUCAAGAACAUGAACUUAAAGCCCAUCAGCACCGCAAUUCUAAUGAAGCAGAACAAAGUAAUAUAAAUAGCUCACAGCGUCUGUGUAGCAAACAAUCUUGGACCAUGGCACCCGAAAGCAUAUUACAUGCAAAAAAUGGCACAACUCCAGAAUAUACUGCAGCCGUCAAAAAUGUCAAACUGUAUCCAGGCACUGGCAGUAAAUCUGACCAUGGAACAUGUCAAGUCAAUAUUCUGGGCUUCAGUGGUAGAGGAGAUAAAAAGUCACAUGAAACACCAGUGAGAACUUUAAAAUCAUUUUCAAUGAUUGAUUCUAGUGUCUCUAGCCACCAGAGUUCCUGGCAGUCAGUUGGUGAGACUAAUCCUUUAAUAGACUCUUUAAUUCAGGAGCGACAAGAAGUUAUUGCAAGAAUUGCUCAGCAUUUGAUUCAUUGUGAUCCAAGCACUUCACAUGUUUCUGGACAUCCAUUUAAUAUGCAGCAGUCUAGUUCACUUAAUUCAAAACUUUUCCGCGUUUCACAGGAAAAUGAAAAUGUGAGGAAAUGUAAAGAAACAUUCUCUGUUUCUUUUUGUAGUCCAGAGCUUACCUCAUCAGAAGACACCAGUGAGGGAAAAAUUCAAGUAAAACCAGAAACUGCUCAAAGUGCCUCUGGCAUUUCUGAUGGUCUUUAUUCUCGUCAGUCUUUUGUUGAGACUAAUCCUUUGAUAGGCUCUUUACUCCAGGAGCGGCAAGAUGUUAUCGCAAGGAUUGCUCAACACUUGGAGCAUAUUGAUCCAACAGCGUCACAUAUGUCCCGGCAGUCAUUCAACGUGCAUGACUCCAAUUUGGUUCCCUCUAAAGUAUUCAGGAGUUUGUAUGAAGACAAAAGUUUGUUGAAGAAAAACAGGGAUGACACCUCCGUUUCCAUUUCUAAUACAAAAUUUUCCUUAUUAGAAGACAGCAGUGAAGGGGAAAACUUAAUACCCAAUAAAUCAUUGAGUUCUUUUCAAUGCAAUAGUAAAGUCAAGUCCUCUUUGAAACCUCAGAUAAGAACUCUGUAUCAGGACAAUCCUAGUGAAAUCAUUCAAAAUACAUUUCUAGAGACACAGAACAAAGCUACUGGUGUUUUGACUCCCUCGAAAAUGUCUCACUGCAAAAAAAAUAACUUAGAUUUGAUAGUUAGAUUGGAAACUGCACUUUCUGACUGUCAAUUUAAGGAGCAAGAAAUUAUCCAUGAAGUUGAUAAAAAGUAUUCAAAUUGCAACAGUAUUGACAAACAGACUUGCACAAAUAAGUAUAAGGAAAAAGUAAUAAAAAAUGAAAAUUGUAAUCCAGAAUCUUUUAGCAAUCACCAAUUUGAGAAUUCCAAGAAAAAUAACUCAAAAAUAAAAACUACUGUGUUGGAAAUGUCUGGAUAUUUGAACAAACAUGAAAAUAAGUACUCAAAUAAAGACUCAAAAAGGCCCAAGACAUGUGAGCAAAAUACUCAACUUAAUAGUGUAGAAAAUUAUCUCAACGAUAAUGAAGUUUUCAAAUGCAAAAAGUCAGACUCAUUGAAAAAUGAACAGGAUAAGAAAGAAGAGACAGUUGAUGAGAAGUCACAGAACUGUUCUCAGAGAAAGAAUAUAAAAAACUGUUUGUCUACAUGUGAACGACUGAAAAGUACAGAGGUAUUGCAGAAGACUAUACCAGUGAAACAUUCAAGUGUCUGGCGGAAACAUAAUUUUCAUUCCUUAGAUGGAACUUCAACCAGAGCCUUUCAUCCUCGAACUGGAUUGCCUCUUCUUUCAAGUCCUGUUCCUCAAAGAAAGACACAAUCAGGUUGCUUUGAUUUGGAUUCUUCAUUACUGCAUCUGAAAAGCUUAUCAUCUCGAAGUCCUCGGCCAUGUUUAAACAUUGAAGAUGAUCCAGAUAUUCAUGAAAAACCAUUUCUGAGUUCUAGUGCUCCACCUAUAACAAGUCUUAGUCUCUUAGGAAAUUUUGAGGAAUCUGUCUUAAACUAUCGGUUAGACCCUCUUGGCAUUGUUGAUGGUUUCACUGCUGAGGUAGGGGCAAGUGGUGUUUUCUGCCCCACACAUUUGACUCUUCCUGUUGAAGUGUCAUUCUACAGUGUUUCAGAUGAUAAUGCUCCCUCUCCUUAUAUGGGUGUGAUUACUUUAGAGUCCCUUGGUAAAAGGGGUUAUCGAGUACCUCCUUCAGGAACAAUACAAGUGACCUUAUUUAAUCCUAAUAAGACUGUGGUGAAGAUGUUUGUUGUGAUAUAUGACUUACGAGAUAUGCCAGCCAAUCAUCAGACAUUCCUUCGACAAAGAACUUUUUCUGUACCUGUUAAACAAGAAAUGAAGAGAACUGUUAAUAAAGAAAACAUCCGACAUGCAGAAGAACGGUUAUUACGCUACCUCAUACAUCUGAGGUUCCAGAGUUCUAAAUCUGGAAAGAUCUACCUCCAUAGAGAUGUACGGCUCCUGUUCUCAAGAAAGUCAAUGGAAGUUGAUAGUGGUGCUGCGUAUGAACUCAAAUCUUACACUGAAUCGCCAACAAACCCUCAGUUUUCACCAAGAUGUUGAUAAGGAGUGACAAUUUAAAGUAUUCGCUCAGUACCCAAGUUGGAAAGUAAAAAUUAGUGUAGAACGGAGUGUACCAAUUAACAACCAGGAGAGUGGAUCCUCUCCUGUUAUCCUGGACCAGUUUUUAUUAAAGGAUUCCUGGAAUGAGAUCCACAUAUUCCAAGUAGACUGGAAACACUCAUGUCCUAAUAAGCCUUUUUGUACUGUUGAAACCACUUCAUUGGACGUGUUGCAAUAGCAAACCACCCCCCCCAUCCAGUUAGAUUAGUGUUGACACAUUUUAUUUCUCAGUUAUUUAAUAUUUAAUGUUUUCCUUAAUACUCAAGUGAUGUUUGUCUCUAGUGUUCUAAUGUAGCACAAAUCCUAUGUAAAAUCAUACUAUGUAUUUUUGACAUUAAUGUUGAAAUCCAAAAUAUAUGCACAAAUCUUUAA